UGUGUUAUCUGUUUCUGUUGAGGUCUUAGUGUUAAAUUGCAAGUCAUAUAUAUUUCGCCAUAAAAAAGUGUUUGUUACAGUUAACUAAUAACUACUAACUUCUCCGCUUUUGGAGUUGAGUUGUGAAGGAAUUGACAAAGUAUUUAUACAAGUAGUUAUCAUGGAUGACAAAAAGAAAGCAAAGCUAUUCGCCGAUGUUUAUGAAGGAAGGGCGGAUGAGGUUAUCCAAUUUUUAAAUAGUGACAAGUCUCUUAUUUCUAUUAAAGAUUCCAAUGAACGAUUGCUGAUUCACUGGGCAGCACUUGGGGGUCAUUGUGAAAUUGUGAGACACUUACUUAGUCAAGGUUCUUCAGUGGAUCCACAAGAUGACAUGCAUAUGACUCCUCUGAUCCUGGCGUCAUCGGCUGGCCGCUACGAUGUUGUGCGUUUGUUAGUCUCCGCUGGAGCCAACGUAAACUCUAGAAACAUCCAGGGACAUUCUCCACUGCAGUAUGCUGCGUCCAAGGGAUGGAAAGAUAUUGUUAAGCUGCUUCUGGAUGAAGGCGCUGAGGUAAACAUCGAAGACGUGCGAGGCGCCCGACCUCUCCAUCGCGCAAGCUCCAUCGGCCAUCUUCAGGUCGUGACAUUGUUGCUAGGGAGAAACAACAUUGAAAUUGACGCAAGAGAUCGUGAGGGAAACACACCCCUACAUCUGAGUUGUGAGGAAGACAGAGGUGAAGUAGCCAGGCUGCUGAUCGAGAAAGGAGCUCGCCUCGACGUCGAGAACAAAGAGAAAAAGACACCUAUAGACCUCGCAAGUUUUGACCUUGCUCGGCAAUUGAGAACGCUUGUUCAGUAAAAAGAUUAAAUUGUAUAACUUUCAGGAUCCUUUUGUAAAUUGUUAUUUAUUUUCGAAUAAAUUUGCUUUUUUCA